AUGGCCCUCAAUCUUCGCGAUGCUGUGAAAGGUUGGAACACGUUGUCCGAGGCAGAACGACAAGUCUACAGCGCAAAAGCGUCGGACCUGAAAACCGAAUAUGAGAAACAAUUGCAUCAAUGGGCGACGGAGCAUCAUUUGCGAUUCACCAAAAAUCUUACCGUUCUCACACAACGUUUCUACGAACGUGAACGAAAACCGCCAGGUCGUCGCGAGUCCAAAGAUCCAAACCCGUCCAAAACGACCACAUCAACCGUGCGAUCGAAACCGCACAGUUCCAAAUCGGUCUCAACAUCAGCAUGA